UUGAGCAGGUUAGAGGUUUUGCAGCUCAAGCAAAAUUUAUUUUCUGGGUCUAUUCCUGAAGAAUUGGGAAAACUAAACACCCUUCUUCAAUUGGAUUUAAGUUUUAAUGAGUUAAAUGGUUCUCUUCCAACUUCAUUGGGGAAUAUAAGCAACUUGGAAACUUUCAAUGUAGGCCAAAAUCAAUUCUCUGGAUCCAUUCCUGUAGAAAUAGGAAAACUGGCGAACUUGGAAAUUUUGAGUGUAGCCCAAAAUCAACUCUCUGGAUCCAUUCCUCGGGGAAUAGAAAACCUGACGAAAUUGACAAUUCUUCUUUUGUAUGAAAACCUGCUCACUGGUCACUUACCCGAAAAUGUUUGUAGUGGUAGAUUACUCCGGUUUGGCGUAAGCAAUAACCAUUUGGUAGGCCCAUUACCCAAAGACAUGAAAAACUGCACAAGCUUGAUUAGAGUCCGUCUUAAUGACAACCAGCUAGAAGGAAAUAUAGAUGCAGACUUUGGAGUCUAUCCAAACUUGACCUUUAUUGAUAUCAGCCACAAUCGAUUUUUCGGAGAUAUCUCAACUAAGUGGGGUCAAUGUACACAAUUAACUACUCUAUGGAUUUCCGGGAAUAACGUGAAUGGUAAGAUACCUCCAGAGAUUGGAAAUUGGACUCAGCUAUAUCGUCUUGACUUUUCUAUGAAUCAUUUGGUUGGGAGGAUCCCGAGGGAGUUGGGAAGGUUGACUAAUUUGCUGGAGUUGAGGUUGAACGGCAAUCAUUUUUCUGGUGGUAUUCCUCCUGAGGUCGAAUCACUUACUGAUCUCGAAGUUCUCGACUUAUCAGCGAACAUAUUGAACUUUAUGCCAGAUGGCAUUGGAGCUUUGUUGAAUCUCCAUUACUUGAAUUUAAGCUACAACAAAUUCAGCCAAAGAAUUCCAAUUCCAAUUGGUGACUUAGUUCACCUUUCUCAACUAGAUUUGAGUCAUAACUUGCUUAUCGGAGAAAUACCAGCACAAUUCACCAAGUUGCAAGACCUGGUGACCUUAAAUUUCUCCUUCAAUAAUCUUUCGGGUCCUAUUCCAAAUAGCAAAGUAUUUCAAGGUGCUCCGGCGGAAGCAUUCCAAGGAAACAAAAACUUGUGUGGCAACGUGAGUGGAUUGCAAGCAUGUCAAUGGCCACACAAGGAAGAUAGACAUGGUCCAACAAAGAGCAAUAAGAUUGUGUUUGUAGUUGUGUUUCCUCUCUUAGGAGCACUUGUUAUGUCAUUUCUAAUAAUUCUUGUGUUUCGUAGACUCCAAAGACGAAGGAAGGGCGACGAUGAGAAUGACAAGCAAUCAGUUACAAUAUCUAUGUUUGAUAGGACAGUGAAAUUUGAAGACAUCAUGGAAGCAACCAACAAUUUUGAUGUCAUGUAUUGUAUUGGGGAAGGGGGUCAUGGAACUGUCUAUAAAGCCGACCUUCCAUCAGGUGAUAUUGUAGCUGUCAAGAGAUUCCACUAUUUACUUGACAGUAGCAAUUCAUCAGAUCAAAAAGAGUUUUUCAAUGAGGUCAAGGCCUUGACAGAGAUAAAGCAUCGUAAUAUUGUGAAACUCCAUGGCUUUUGCAUACAUUCAAAAUAUACAUUCUUAGUCUAUGAUUAUCUUCAGAGAGGUAGCCUAGCUAAAAUUCUAAGCAACGAUGAGCAAGCAAAAGAAUUGGAUUGGUGUAGGAGGGUGAAUGUCAUCAAAGGUGUCUCUCACGCCUUGUCUUACAUGCACCAUGAUUUAUCAUCGCCAAUCAUUCAUCGAGACAUAUCGAGCAAAAAUAUUUUGUUAGACUUGGAAUACGAAGCUCGUGUUUCCGACUUUGGUACCGCUAAGCUUCUCAACAAGGAUUCAUCUAAUUGGUCAAAACUAGCUGGAACACAUGGAUACAUUGCACCAGAGCUUGCUUAUACGAUGAAAGUGACCGAAAAAUGUGACGUAUAUAGCUUUGGAAUGUUGGCAUUAGAAGUUCUCAAAGGAAGUCAUCCAGGCGAUAUCAUGCCAAGUGCAUCAUCUUCAUCUUCAUAUGAUACUCUACAAGUUAAACUUAAUGAUUUGUUAGAUGAACGCCUUUCACCUCCACCGCAAAAUGUUCUUGAUAAAUUGAACCGCAUCAUGGAGGUGGCCAUUUCAUGCUUAGAUGUGAAUCCACAAUGUAGGCCGACCAUGCAACUCGUUUCCAAGUUACUAUCCGACUGAAUAUUUGGAAGGUCAUC